CUUGACCAAACCAUUUUGCUGAUAUGCAAAUCAAGCUAAUUUAAAUAACAAUAGCUUUCCCUCGUCUGCACAUUCUGCAUUUCGAUAUAAACCACAACACAGCUGCAGCUGGGGGGCAGGCAAGCAAUAGCAUUAACAAUGGGGAAGAUUGCAUUUUUUGAGGAUAAGAAUUUCGAAGGCCGAAGCCAUGAGUGCAGCACUGACUGUCCUGACCUGCGCUCUUACUUCGGCCGCUGCAACUCCAUCAAGGUGGAGAGCGGCUGCUGGGUUCUGUACGAGCAUCACAACUACAGCGGCAACCAGUACGUCCUGAGUCCCGGGGAAUACCCUGAUCACCAGCAGUGGAUGGGAUUCAAUGACAGCAUCAAGUCAUGUCGCUCUAUCAAAAAUGUAUAUGGGAAGUCCUGGAAGAUCAGAUUCUACGAAAAGAAGGAUUUCGCAGGUCAGGCGGCAGAGUGCGCUGAGGAUUGCGCAUCAGUUUACGAGGCCUUCAAGUUCCAGGAGGUCCACUCCUCUGUGGUUAUGGACGGUGCGUGGGUCCUCUACGAGGAGCCCAACUACCACGGACACCAGUACUUCCUGGAACGUGGCGAGUACCACAACUAUACAGACUGGGGCGCCACGUCCCCUGCUGUGGGGUCCUUCCGCAUGAUCACAGAGUUCUAGAACAUCAGUAUCCACGUAGGGUUCUGCAGCCGCAUAAAAGAGCUAUGUGAAUGCUCAGGUCACCCAAGUUCUAGAAUCCCAAUGAAAAUCAGGCUUAGAACACGGAGUUCAAUUCCUGUUCCGGUUCCAAAGCCCGAAGAGAACUAACAUUCCAAAUUCUUCCAGGGUUCCAGAGUCCUAACGCCACUGAGGUUCCUGAAUCUAGAACCCUCAAUAAGAGUUCCAGAAGGCUUAGAUCUGAGAACCA